GUUUGAGUGCAGCCAAGCUGUUAAAAGCCAGCGGGCUGGACCCGGUGGUUCUGGAGGCCAGGGAUCGAGUUGGUGGUCGCACCUUUACCGUUCGGAACAAGGAGACAAAGUGGGUUGAUCUUGGUGGGGCCUACAUUGGACCAACUCAGAACCGGAUCCUUCGGUUGGCCAAAGAGUACGGUGUGAAGACCUACAAAGUAAACGAGSAGGAAAACCUGGUCCACCAUGUCAAUGGAAAGUCGUACCCAUUCAAAGGCUCCUUUCCUCCCAUGUGGAACCCCAUCGUCCUGUUGGACUUCAACAACCUCUUCAGGACCCUGGAUGACAUGGGCAAAGAGAUUCCUAGAGAGGCCCCCUGGAGAGCCCCCCAUGCUGAGGAGUGGGACAAAAUGACCAUGCAGCAACUGUUUGAGAAGAUCUGCUGGACAAG